UCUUGUGACCCCAGCUGGUCCUUGGCAUUUGCAGCUAAUGCUGAAAAGGUCUCAUGGGACUGUACAACUUGAAACAAAUAGUGGGGAAAGAGGCAGGGAAAUGAGGACAGGAGGAGCCAGGAAGCUGGGGGCGGGGCCUCUCAAGGAACCUGCACACGUGUACCACUACCAUGCCUUUCUCUGACCCGAAGAAGGCCCUGUCCAGCUGUUGCAGAGACUGAAGGCCCUGCCUGGGAAACGUGAGUUAAUUCAGUGGAGGACAGUGCUGCUGGAAUCAGGAUUGGCAGCUGAGUUGAAGUUGCUCCGCCUGCUCUCAUGUCAGCUGAUGAACACCUGGACCCGAUUCCUGACAGCUUCAUCCUGCAGCCUCCAGUCUUCCACCCAGUGGUUCCCUAUGUCACAACAAUUUUUGGUGGCCUGUAUGCAGGCAAGAUGGUCAUGCUGCAGGGUGUGGUCCCUCUACGUGCACGAAGAAUUUCUUGUGGGUCUCUGACCAGAAGGACAUCUCAAAAGCCACAUAACAUCCCCACCAGGUUUCAGGUGGACUUCCAGUGUGGGUGCUGCGUGCAUCCGCGGCCAGAUAUUGCCUUCCACUUCAACCCUCGUUUCUACACUGUCAAACCACAUGUCAUCUGCAACAGCCUCCAAGGUGGACUCUGGCAAAAAGAAGUCCGGUGGCCGGGUGUCACCCUGAAGAGAGGUGCUAGCUUCCUCAUCCUCUUUCUCUUUGAGAGCAAAGAGGUGAAGGUGAGUGUGAAUGGACAGCAUUUUCUUCACUACCGAUACCAGCUCCCACUGUCACGUGUGGACACCCUGGGCAUUUAUGGUGACAUUUUGGUGAAGGCUGUUGGAUUCCUGAACAUCAAUCCAUUUGUGGAGGGUAGAAGAGAGUAUCCAGUUGGAUAUCCCUUCCUGCUGUACAGUCCCAGGCUGGAGGUACCCUGCUCACGCACUCUUCCUCGGGGUCUCUGGCCCGGGCAAGUUAUUGUAGUUCGAGGAUUGAUCUUGCAAGAGCCGAAAGAUUUCACCCUGAGCCUGAGGGAUGGGACCACCCAUGUUCCAGUGACACUCAGAGCUUCCUUCACAGACAGAACCCUGGCCUGGGUCUCCUCCUGGGGACGAAAGAAGCUGAUCUCAGCCCCCUUCCUCUUUUACCCCCAGCGAUUUUUUGAGGUACUGCUCCUGUGCCAGGAAGGAGGGCUGAAGCUGGCACUCAAUGGGCAGGGGCUGGGGGCCACCAGCCUGGACCAGAAAGCACUGGAGCAGCUGCGGGAGCUCAGGAUCACCGGAAGUGUCCAUCUCUACUGUGUCUACUGCUAAGGAGGGCUCCAAGGGCAUCCCAACCAGAGAAGAGGAAGGGCAGCUACA